AUGGCUGAAACUUCCAACGACCCCUUUCUGUCCUACGUUUUGAGUAGCAAACAAUUAACUAAUUUGAAUCGUCUACGAAGGAAAGCAGUUACAAAACAACUGGGAUCAAGUGACGACAAUAAGGUCUCAGAGGAGUUUUUGAGGUAUCAACAUACUUAUCAAAGAGAAGCAUUUGAAUAUCUGCAAACAAAACAUGACGCCCACAAAAUAAUGGAGUCACAGUACGAACAGUACCAAAGCAGUUCAAAAACAAGAAGAUAUAGUAUCGAUUUAGAUUCUGUAGAUGCAGUUGACACGGAAUCGCAAACAGAAUACCCAAAUGAGGAGUUUAUUGAUAGAAACGAAGAUAGCGAAGCUGUUAUGGAGUUGAGAAAGAGAUUGUUGGGGAAGGGACAGAAUAAGGGUUUAGGAUAUGAAACUACGAAAUCAGUCGAUAGGCAAAUUGAGGACCAGGACACGUUGCAACAGGAUUUGAUUCAGGAUAUGAGCAAACUUGUGGGCAGUUUGAAGCAAGGAGCUGUGGCAUUUCAAUCAGCACUUGAUGAAGAUAAGCAAGUUCUUGGAGCUGCAGAGAUAGGUAUUCAAGUUGCUUCUCAAGGUUUAAUGGAUGUUAGCGGUAAAUUAAGGAAAUAUGACAAGAGUAAAUUGAGUUACUUGUUUUAUAUUACUGUUUUCAUUUUUAUGAUUCUCGGACUGGUGUUUACAUUUAUCAUAAUUCAAUUAUUCCCGGCCCUAUAA